UUAAGUGUCAUAAGAUAGAAGAAAUAUGUUAAAAAUUUUCUUUCUUUUCGCAGGAAAAUCACUGCCCAGCAACUCAAAAUCUUCACAGCAGAGUUGCAGCUUUUAAAAUGUCGCUAGAGUGAAGGAAGAAAGAUUUUGAUCUGGAGAUACAAACUCAAUUGAAAAAUAAGAAUAAAAGUUUUUGUUUUGAUUAUUAUCAACGAAUUAAAUAGAAAAAAUAAGAAAAGACACUGAAUAGUGAAGCCAUUUUAGACUCGUCCAAAAUAUAGUUAAAUUGAAAAAGCAAAAAAAUGGGAAAGCAGAACAGCAAAUUAAAACCAGAAGUUUUGGAAGACCUCAAACAAAAUACUGAAUUUUCUGAUGCUGAAAUUCAAGAAUGGUACAAAGGAUUUCUGAAAGAUUGCCCAAGUGGCCACCUUUCAGUUGAAGAGUUCAAGAAAAUUUAUGGUAAUUUCUUUCCUUAUGGAGAUGCUAGCAAGUUUGCCGAGCAUGUUUUUCGUACCUUCGAUGCUAAUGGUGACGGAACAAUUGAUUUUCGAGAAUUCUUAUGUGCACUGAGUGUCACAUCGAGGGGGAAAUUGGAACAGAAGUUGAAAUGGGCCUUUUCGAUGUAUGAUUUAGAUGGAAACGGGUAUAUUUCACGUCAAGAAAUGUUGGAAAUUGUCACGGCCAUUUAUAAAAUGGUUGGAUCUGUCAUGAAGAUGCCAGAAGACGAGAGCACACCGGAAAAGCGCACUGAUAAAAUCUUCCGACAAAUGGAUAAAAACAAAGAUGGAAAGCUAAGUUUGGAAGAGUUUAUCGAAGGCGCAAAAAGCGAUCCUUCUAUCGUUAGACUUCUGCAAUGUGAUCCGCAGUCGCAGUGAAUAAAUUUACCCAAACAAAAAUCUCUCCAAACCCUCCUCGGUAUACAGUGCUUUUAGAAAACAUGAAAACAUCUGUUUUUCUUCUUUUUUUUAUGUAAAGUUUUAAUAUAUUCGGAAAUAUUUGUUAUUUCUUUUUUUCCUCUUUCUUUUUAGACAACAUUAAGCAUUCAGAAUAUUAGUAGAUCCAAAUAUUCAAAAAGAAACGAGAAUCUGAUGCAACUUUUUUUCUCGUGUAGUUUUUUUUUUUAAAUCAACAAAAGGUGUGGCUUUCUCCUUUUAUGUACGGUUAACUACACGAAUUUAUGAAUUAAUCAGUUCAUUUAUGGUGUAUGUUUUAUCUUGUUUUACAUAUUUUUAAUUUCACUUCGAAAAAUAACAACUUAGGUAAUUCUUUUUUUCUCUGACAACUUUUGUUGAUUGCAGGGGCGUUGAAAAAUAAGUUGCAAAGAUUUUCAGUCUUUUGUGUAAAAAGUUUUUGGUGUUGAAAUUUAUGCACUGCACCCGCGUAUCAUCAGUUGUCAUUCGAAUAUAACGAAAUUAUGUAACAAAAAAAAGAAAAAUUUCAAGUAAGGUUCUAGAUAGCAAAUUUAAGAAUUUUCCUCACUCGCAAUUUUCUUAUUUCUAGAUUGUAGGAUUAAUGAAACUAAAUAUUGAUUAAAUAAGAGAUGAAGUUAGAAAGGAAUAUUGAAAAUUAUUUAAAUAACUUAAGAUAAGUGAAUCUCUUUAAAAAUAUGAAUUGAUUGUAUCUGCUUAUCUAUAGGUUCAGUUUUAAGAAACAAAAAAACAAAAAAAUCCCGCAAAACCGUUUAAAAUGAAUUAAAAAAUUCAAGUCUUAUAAUCCCAAAAUUAACAAAAAUAUUAAAAAUUCAUCAUUCGCUUUUGUGAUUCUAUAAAAAAAAACAUGGGCACAGAAAUUUCU